GAUAAACAUUCAAAAAACUUCCAUUAUCCAGACACACACCCAUGGCCUAUUAGGAAGAAAUCUUUUUCUAAGGAAACAUUCAAACCAGAUGAAAAGACAAUCUGGAAAAAUCAGCAAGAAACGACAGCAUCCCCAAAUGGACCUGUUUCGGCUACUAAUACAGCGCUUGCCAGCAAAAGAAUUAUAAAGAAAACCCCAAAACAGAAAACUGACGCAACCAGAUCUUCUUUCUGCACCCUGCUGUAAAUAUCACUGUAGGAAUUCAAGGAAGCAGAUUUUCAAAAACAUCCCGACAGAGACCAAACUUUUAACCAGACUGCAGCAUGAUUGACAACCACAGACAAUAGCAUUAAAAGAAACCCAGAACUCCUAUUUUUUCUACAACAGUCAGAUUUCAUCCCUUUCUGUGCAUGAAGCGUGCCCAGGAUUGAAGUCUUAAGUUAGUCUUCCUAACUAGUGAAGUGCCAAAUGCUAUCUUUUCCUAAUAAGGAAUAUAGUGCUGAAGCCGGAUAUUGCUCCAGCGUAACGUUUGCAGAGGCAGAGACCAGCAUUGUCUCCUUAAUUCCCAAUGUGAACGCUCCAGACGUCAAGAUUGAGGAGUAAAAUUCUGAUUUUUUUUAAAAAAAAAUCUUUCUCUAAUCGUCGCUUAACAAGAAUCUGAUUUUGCCACGUUCGCAACGGAAUCGGCGGUUCCUGGCAUGGACUUUAGAAAGCAGCGAACGAGAGGAACCCUUCGGCCCGAACCGGCCUGGCCCUUCCCGCGAAAUUACAGAAGUAAAAGCCUAGGAGGCCGCGCCUUUCGCUCAGUUCCCAGAGCGGCUCAGAGGAGCCACGUUCGUUAUUUUCCGGCGGGACCUGACGUCACAUUACAUUGCCGCCCCAUCCUUGCGGGGAGGCGUUCCCACUAUCGAACCCCGCCUCCGAUCCACCAUUGAAGGAGCGUGAGGGGCGUCCUGACGUCACCCAAUCCGGUGCGGUGUUUUGUCUGGUUGGGGAAAAAAAAGAGGGGUUGGCGCCUUCCCUCCUCUCUCUCCCCUCCCCCCCUCCUCUGCAGGAGCCCGAGGAAGACAAGAGCCCGAGGUUUUCCCGCCGCCAAAUGGAGGUGCAGAAAGAGAACAUGCCGCGACGAGACCACACCGGGGAGGAGAACGCGGAAACCCACGAGGCCUCGACUUUCUGUCAGCAUAAGCAGUGCUGCAAAUUUGAUUUUCAAGAAGAAAAUAAUAAAAAAUCUAAUUCAAGUGAUUUCAGCGAUCCAAUCUACAAAGAGAUUUCUCUGACAAAUGGCUAUAUCAAUAGAAUGAAUAGAGAAGAGCUGAGAGCUAAACUCGCUGAAUUCAGACUUGACACGAGAGGAGUAAAAGACGUAUUAAAGAAGAGGCUGAAAAAUUACUAUAAGAAAGAAAAAUUAAUGCACAAGCAACCUCCAAAUGCAGAAGACUAUUACAAUUAUAUCUGUGUUAUUGAUUUUGAAGCAACUUGUGAAGAAAAAAAUCAGCCUGAAUUUACACAUGAAAUAAUCGAAUUUCCUAUUGUUUUACUAAAUACACAGACGUUACAAAUAGAAGACACUUUCCAGCAAUAUGUGAAACCAGAGAUUAAUCCUCAACUCUCAGAUUUCUGCAUUAAUUUGACGGGAAUCUCUCAGGAGCUGGUAGAGAAGGCUGAUGAAUUCCCAAAAGUGCUGCAAUGUGUUGUAGACUGGAUGAAACAGAAAGAACUAGGAAGCAAAUACAGCUAUUGCAUAUUAACAGAUGGGUCCUGGGAUAUGAGUAAAUUUUUAAAUAUCCAGUGUCGUAUUAGUCGUCUGAAGUAUCCUUCAUUUGCUAAGAAGUGGAUUAAUAUCCGCAAAUCCUAUGGAAACUUCUACAAGGUUCCUAGAUGCCAAACAAAGCUGUCAACCAUGUUGGAAAAACUUGGGAUGGACUAUGAUGGACGGCCUCACAGUGGGCUGGAUGAUUCCAAGAACAUUGCACGAAUAGCCAUUCGAAUGCUUCAGGAUGGAUGUGAACUCCGUGUAAAUGAGAGAAUGCACGGCGGGCAUCUGCUAGCAGUCCCUUCCUCGACUCCAAUAGAGGGCGCUCCAAUCCCACAGAUGCCCAGGUUUCGAUAAAUAUUAGAAAGUGAGUUACCCUGUCUUUCAGGCCCAUAUUCUUGGUAUUCAAAAGCCAUUUCAGAGAGUUGAGUUUUUAAAGGGGGCUCUAUCCCCAGUUUAAUCCCUUGCAGAAAUAUACAGAUCACAGAGCACCCACUGAAAGUCUCUCUUAAUUUAACACUCUAAAUUAGUCACGCUAAGUUUCAUUUUAGUUAUUCAAGAAAUUUAUGCACGUAUUAAAAUGGUUUUCUUUGAAAUAAAGUCAAACCAAAGUGUAACAUUUGAUCUGCAGAUAUAACAACACUAAUAAGAUGUUUAACAUAGUUGAAUACCAUGGGGAAUGCAUCUUUGCUGAUCUUUUCUUUUACUGUUUAAUGUACCAGAAAGAUCUUUUUGAUUUCAUGUCACAAUGACCAAAUUGUUUCCUGGAAUGUGUUGGUUUAUCUGGGUUUGGUAAAUUCUUCAUAAAGGGGAUUUGUUUUUUCAAGUUUGAUCUUCCUUACACAGUUGAUAGAAAAUUCCAGUAGUAAUACAUUUUUUGAUGUAUGUAUUGAUGUUGAGAGACUUAUUGAGCCAAUAUUAGUUACCUUUUAGCUUUAUUAAAUUCUGGUAGCAAUUAAACAUUUCAUUACAUUUCUAUAAAAAUAAUGGAGAUGUGUUUAACAAGGAUUAUUGUACUUUUUUCCUUCCAUUGCAUAACUUACUUUAAUAUCCUUCCCAAGCAUUAUUAAAAAAAAAACAGGGAAGCAAAUUAUUUCUAUAAUAAUUUAAGCUUUGGCAUGGAUUUCAUGCCAGUAUUUCAUUUAUAUAAUCAAAAAUAAACAAAUCACUUCUCUGUAGAUUAUUAUGCCAACCUUUGUUUUGACAUUUCAACUUUUUUUUUUUUUUGAAAGACUUGCUUUAAUAAAUGCAAUUUAUGUUUUUAAUGUCCCGAACCAUUACAUAGCAUGGCACAUUUUAAUGUUAAUUGCACAACUGUUACAGAUUUCUAACUUCAAAUUGGUUUGUUAUAUUUUGCCACUUUCGUGGGAAUUCUGCGCAAAUUGUUGCCUAGAAUGUUCUGAGGGAAUGGAUGAUUCAUUCAAGUCGACUAGUGACUUCAGGUCUAAACAAGGAUUCAAGCCCAUCUUCAAUCUAUUAUACCUCACAGUGGCUCUGUACAGUGUAUAGUUUGGCACUGUAUGCAGCAUUGGUUUUCUCCUGAAAGCCCAUUUUGUAAAUAUUAUGCUUUCUUGUAAUCUGUCCAGAGCAAAAGUGAAUAAUGAUUUGAAAUUACACUUUCUGCUGCAGCCUGCAAUCUUAAUAUUCUUUUCUACUUUAACACUUUAAAUCAUGUGUAAAAUCUUUUCUACAUGUUUUGUUCAUGGAAUUGGGAUGAAUUUGAAAUUGAAAUUUGAAAGACUAUGACUAGUUCACAUCUUGUGAUAAGUAAAAAUAGGCUUGAUCAAUUUAUGGACCAGUCAGUCCACAUUGUUUAUGACUCAGGUGAAUCUAGGCUUUGGGGUGAAUCUACUAAAACUAUGUCAUAUGUUGUUAUGGACACAGCUUAAGAUUUUGUGCUAGGUCAACUUUUUUCCACUGCACAACUAGCCAUUCAUCUUCUGGACACUUUAAAUAUCAGCUUUUGGUAUAAAAGUUUAUAUUCUUUUGAAUACAGUUUGUAUAUUUUUACUUUAAAAAAGGUUUCAAUCCACUGUAAUCAUUUGUAUUUCAAUUUAAUGUGUUAUAUCUGUCCAAUAAAGGUACUUUGUAAUGUUA